AUGUCUCGAUUCGUUUUUUACUCAGCAACCCGUGUCAGGCCAGUCCGACGACGAGCCGCUGAGUCCAAAGCAGCAUCUAUGACGAACGAAGCUCCUCCCCGCCCCACCAGAGAGGCACGUCGACAGGGGUCUCCGGCAACUACCGUGCAGCUGGACCCAUCUGACGCGGGUCUGAUUGAAUGGGCUAAUUCACACUUACCAGCGGCGUUGCAAAAUUUCGAUCCCACUGGACGUCUUUAUAGCGGUCUUGCGCUUCUUCGCCUCGCGGAAACAGUUGUAGGGAAAUCACUGUCACCACCCGUGCCAGAUUCAGCGUUCCCGUCUGGCCCCAAAGACGACAAGUUGGACUAUUCCGCCUAUUUGACUUCCUCCUCAACAACGACGUAA